AUGUCUGCCACAGUCCACUAUAAAGAUAUUAGAAAGGGAAUGGAGAAAGACCUUGAAAGUUUGUUUAAAAAAUAUGAUUCAGACCGUAAUGGUAAAAUUACCUAUAUUGAAAUAGUAGAAACAUUGAGAAAAGCUGGUAAAAAAAAUCCAGAGAGAAUUGCUGAUUUGCUUUUCCGUGAUGAUACUGAUAAAAAUGGUGAAUUAACAAUUGAAGAGGCCAAACUUAGAAUUGUUAGAAUGAACGAUGAGAAAAUUGAAAAAGUUUUAAAUUGGGAUGUUGAAAAAUUUAUUAAUGAUAAUGAUAAAGAUGGUGAUAGAAAAAUUACCAGAGAUGAAGUUCUUCAAAGAUUCACUGAACAAGGUGCUGAGGAUCCAGAACUUAUUACUGAUAGUAUCUUCAGACAAAUGGAUCUUGACCGUGAUGGUGUAAUCACCUGUGAUGAAAUCAAAGAAUUCAACAGAAAGAAGAAAUUCAGUUUCCUUAAAUCAUCAGCACCAAAACAAUAA